GAUUCAACGGUAUCUAAUCCACCAAAGUCCAAUUAUGAGAAGAUGAGAUAUACAUGGACUGAAAACUGGGAAUGUCUCCAGCCUUGUCCAAGAUGCUGCCUUGAAGCAUCCUGUUUACAGUAUUUGCCUGGGUUCAAUACUUACCACUCGCUUUGUUUCGUUCAUGACGAUGUUGACGUUUUGAUACUGUGGGAAAUUCCGUAUGACUUUUAACUAAAUUCAUUUUGAUAAAUUCAGAAUUAAUGUCCAAAGUUUGUUUGCAUUCUGAGGCUUCCUUCAACAUCUUCUAAGCCAUUCGCUUAUCCUAGUCUGAUCGACAAUCUAGGUAUUCAUAUGCAGCUCAAUGUUUGAUUAACAUUCACUUGAGUGUUGGCA